UGCUGCUAUUUUCAAACGCGCGCUCAACGAGGAAGCAUCGAAAGAAUAAUCCUCCCGAAUAAUCCCAAUAAUCGUUCUAAAGAAUAUUGAUAUUUUGAUUUGUGAUUUUUAUUUUGAUUUUGAUAGUGGGAAUUAAAUAAAUAUAUGUAUAAAAAUCAAAAAAGAAAGAAAACCCUUAACGCGCAAUUCAAAAAAUUCGUACCUUCUAUAAGGAAUCGAUUCUGUUUGAUUUAGGGAGUAAUACGGUUAUAAAUUCGGAGUUAAUAGCAUUGUUUGGCUGCCAUAUGGCGUCCGAGCAGUGUCGUCCUGCCCAUGUCGCCACCAACAACAACAACAACAACAACUGCAACAACAUAAACAGUGGCAACCCCAAAGAAGAGGAAGAGGAAAAGCAACGCACGUGCCACAAAAGGUUUAGCGCCAAAACUAAAAUUUCAGUGCCAUCGACGCUGAUGUCGCAGUCGCAGUCGCAGUCGGAAUCGCAGUCGCAGUCGCAGCCAGCGUCGCUGCCGUUGUUGCUUUAACUGCCAACGGGGCUGCAGUCCGCGAUCCGCUGUGAUCCGCUGCCCGCCGUCCGUUGUCCGUUGUCCCUUGUCCGUUAGUCCAGUGUCCGUUAGUCCAGUUGUCCGCUUGUCCGCUGUCCGUCAACUACUGUCCGCUUGGCCGUCAAGCGCUCGAAAUUAAAGGCGGCUCGGUCGGGCCAUAAAUUAGCCAAAAGUGCGGAACGAUAAGGCGCCAUAAGCUUAUCGUGCAACAGCAACAUGUCACAACAGCAACAUGAUGUCGCCCCCGGCACUGGCACCGGCAGUGGAGGCGGAGGUGGAGCGGCAUCUCCUGAAGGGGCGCGGGAGAAGCCCCUCAACAAUGGCUACCUGCAGGCCAAUGCUCCGCUGGAGGACCUCAAUGCGACGGUGGUGUCCCCGCUCCUGGGACAGCAGCAACAGCAACCUCAACUGCAACAGCAACAAAAUAAGCUCCCUACUGUGGUGUUUCUCGCACCGGAUGGCAGUGGCGGCGUCGGCGUUGGCAGUGCUCUGCAGCGUAAUCCUGGCACAUCCUUGAAUCCUGGCUCAGCGGCUCAGCAGCGCAGCAGCAGCGAUUGGCUGCUCAAGGAGUCGCAGCAGCGUCGGCGAUUGCUCGUCCUGGCGAUUGCCUUUACGGUGCUGGGAGCGGCCAUUGGGGCGCUGGCCAUUUAUUUUGCCAGUGUACACCAGCGUUGCCAGAUGUAUCAUAGAUCCUUGGAGCCAGACAAUGGCGGCGACAGAAGCAAUUCCUGGUGGAGCCAGGGGGGCCAGAGGCCCGGCCAGGAGGGGUCACCGGAGGGCAGCAUUUGCAUGACCCAGGAGUGCGUGAGAACAGCCGCCUCCCUCCUGUCGGCCAUGGACCUCACGGCCGAUCCUUGCGAGGACUUUUUCCAAUACGCCUGCGGAACGUGGAACAAAGUCCAUCCCAUACCCGAGGACCGCAGCUCCAUUAGUACUUUUGAGGUCCUCUCCGACCAGCAGCAGGUCAUCCUGCGAGGCGUCUUGGAGGAGCCGAUCGAUGAGCGCGACAACCAGGCCACCAUCAAGGCCAAGACCUUCUUCAAAAGCUGCAUGGACAUUCCUCAGAUCCGUAAGAUUGGCUCCGGGCGGCUAAAGCAGGUCCUGAAGUCCCUCGGUGGCUGGCCGGUGAUCGAGCGGGAUUGGCGGCCGCCACAGGAUCUCUCCGUGGAGCGCCUGAUGGGCCUGCUGAGGCUCAACUACAGCGAGCCGGUGAUGAUCGAGCUGUAUGUGGGGGCCGACGACAAGAACAGCUCGGUGAACAUCCUCCAGAUGGACCAGCUACAGUACGCCCUGCCCUCGCGGGACUACUACCUGAAGGAGAGCAGUGCCGGCGACCGGAAGGCCUACCACCGCUACAUGACCCAGGUGUCGCUCCUCCUGGGUGCUGAUCCGGCCACUGCCGCCGCCGAGCUGGAGGAGGUGGUGCUCUUCGAGACGCAGCUGGUGAACGUCUCCCUGGCGGAGGCGGACAGGCACGACACUAGCACCGUCUACCGGAAGCUGACCCUGCCGGAGCUGCAGGACCUCGUGCCGGAGGUGCAGUGGGCGGAGUACCUUCAAACGGCCCUGGGGGCGGGCAUCCCCCUUCAAGCUGAUGAGCCGCUGGUCACCUAUGGCCUGAAGUACCUCACGGAAAUGGGGAAGAUCUUGGCCCGAACCGAGCGCCGGGUGGUGCACAACUACAUGCUCUGGCGGCUGGUGAUGUCCUUGAUGGCGCACAUGAUCGACGAGUACCAGCGGGAGCGGGUGGAGUUCCGCAAGAUCCUCAUGGGCAUUCAGUCGGAGAGGACGCGGUGGUCGCAGUGCGUCGAGUGGACGAACAAGAAGCUGGGCGUGGCCGUGGGCGCUCUCUUCAUCCGGGACAACUUCAACCAGGAGAGCAAGGAGGUGGCCCUCGAGAUGAUUCACACGAUCCGGGCGGCGUUCAACGAGCUCCUCACGGAGAAUCACUGGAUGGACGACGAGACGCGGGCGGUGGCCAAGGAGAAGGCGGACUCGAUGAACGAAAGGAUCGGAUAUCCAGAGCUCCUGACGAAUGCCACCGAACUGGAGCAGGAGUAUGUGAAUCUGACUAUUGUUUCGGAUAACUUCAUAGACAAUGUCCUGAGCAUCCUUCAAUGGGAGUCCGAGAAGGUCCUCCACCUCCUGCGCCAGCCGGUCGACAAGGAGAAGUGGACCACCGAACCGGCGGUGGUGAAUGCAUUUUAUAAUCCCAACAAGAACGAUAUAGUAUUUCCCGCUGGCAUUUUGCAACCGCUAUUUUAUAGCCAGCACUUCCCCAAGUCCCUGAAUUAUGGGGGCAUUGGCGUGGUUAUUGGCCACGAGAUCACCCACGGCUUCGACGACAAGGGACGGCAGUUCGACAAGGAGGGCAACAUGAUGCAGUGGUGGAACAACGCCACCAUCGAGGCGUUCCGGGAGCGGACGCAGUGCGUCAUCGAUCAGUAUUCCCGCUACAAGAUCAACGAGGUGGACAUGUACAUGGACGGCCGGAUGACGCAGGGCGAGAAUAUAGCGGAUAAUGGUGGUCUAAAGCAGGCUUUUAGGGCCUAUAAAAAAUGGGAAACCCUACAUGGACGAGAACAACUCCUACCCGGCUUGAAUAUGACCCACGAUCAGCUGUUCUUCUUGAACUACGCCCAAAUCUGGUGCGGAUCUAUGCGACCGGAGGAUGCUCUGACCAAGAUCCGGUCCUCGGUCCACUCGCCGGGCUUUGUCCGGGUCUUGGGGCCGCUCUCGAAUUCCCGGGACUUUGCCCGAGCCUACAGCUGUCCGCUGGGGAGCACCAUGAAUCCGGCGGAGAAGUGCAGCGUUUGGUAGUCCUCUACUCGGCACUCGAUGUAUUUUUUUUUAUAUACAUAUAUAUUUAUAUCGCAUAUUAUAUAUUAUAUAUAUAAAGUAUAUAUAUAAAAACCACACACACACACACACACACACAGUACUAUAGAGAUGAUAAUGUGAACUUUUUUUGUGUAGUUCUCCUGAUUUGGAAUUUGUUUUUGUUUGUUAUGGCGCAGUAAUGCAUGUGUACUUUGUAAUUGGCUAUAUAUAUAUAUUUAUACGUAUAUAUAUAGAUUUAUAUAUUAUAGAUCGAUAAUGUGUUUGUAGCUGCCCGUUGUAUCCUUGAUCCUGAACCGGUCCUUGUUCCACCAGCCCUCCGCGAAAACCAACGGCAUUAUAUUCGUAAAUAAAGAAAUUGUACGGAAA